AUGUUACCUGUUAACUUUGAUGUUGUUGAAGGUGAGACGAACUUGGAAUGUGUAUACGUUAAAGAAAGAAUUAGAAAAAAGUCACCACACAAGAAUGGCAAAGAUCCAGAAGUCAAAAAAGAGUAUCAACAACAAGCAGAAACCCUUAAAAAAGAUCAACAAAAACAGAAUAAUAGUAAAUACAAAUAUAAGAAAAGAUUAUAUAAUGAAAUAACAACAGGUAGCUCUAAAAAGAGAAGAAUUUCAGAUAAUGAAGAAUUGUUAAAAAAUAUUGACUCAUGUUUCAAGCAAUGA